AGACAAAAAACCAAAAAGCGAAACGCAGCUCAAAUCCAGUGGUCUCGAUGACGCCCACAAUUUAACGUAAAUAUACAUAUAAAUAUAUAUGUACAUAAAGCGCCACACUGGUCGCAGUCUCACGCACUAAAACACCACCACAAACACACACUACUGCUCCAACUCUACUCCAGUUCUACUGCUGCUGCGUCGUUCUGGAUGUUAGUAGUCGUGAGAGAAGAGGAAUGGGAAUGCGGGAAUCUUAGUUAGGGGUUUUUGGAUUGGGAAUUUCUGGAUCUUGCUGCUGAAUUUUUCCCCAUUUUGCAGAUCUAGGGUUUUUUAAUUUAAUUUUGUUUUGUUUUUCUCUGAACUCGAUUUUGGGAUUGGAUUCUUUCAAUCCCGAUAGCAAUGGCUACUCCGUUUCACUUGCCCGUCACUGCUGCUCAGGUUGGGACAUACUUUGUUGGGCAGUACUAUCAGGUCCUACAGCAACAGCCAGAAUUUGUUCACCAGUUCUACAGUGAUGCUAGCACUGUACUUCGGAUUGAUGGAAAUACCAGGGAUACCGCCACAUCAAUGCUGCAUAUCCACACGCUUAUUAUGUCACUCAAUUAUACUGCUAUAGAAAUUAAGACGGCUCAUUCCUUGGAGUCUUGGAACGGUGGAGUUUUGGUGAUGGUUUCAGGUUCUGUGCAUGUAAAAGAUUUCAAGGGAAGGAGAGAGUUUGUGCAAACCUUUUUCCUUGCUCCUCAGGAAAAAGGUUACUUUGUUCUUAAUGAUAUAUUUCAUUUUGUUGAUGAUGAAAACCAUGUCCAGCAUUCAGUGGCCUAUUUGCCACAGAGCAAUCUUGACUCCAAGCUAAAUGCACCAACUGGUAUUCGAGAACAAGUACCCAACUAUGUGCUGGGUGGAGACAUUCAGGGAAGGGAAUUUGUUGCUGCUUCAACAAUCGAAGAAAACGGUCCUGUUGAUAGCUAUAAUUUUCCGGAUGAAAGGUUGAAAAAUGUCCCUGAAGCUGACAAGAUUCUGGAAGACAAUUUUGCUGUACAAUCAAACGGUUCACUUCAGAGUGCAAUGAAUUCGGUGCAAGACCAUUUAUCUAUUGCUGUUGACGAGCCAGUUGGGGAGCCCCAGAAGCACACCUAUGCUUCUAUUGUUGCAAAGGGACAAACUGCUCAAGCUAUUCCUCCUCAGUCUGCCUUUAACAAGAAUGCACCCGCAUCUACGGAUUGGCACCAUGUAUCUGACCCCCCUAGUCAGCUUCCUAUUGAAUCAUCAAAUAGUGUUGAAAGGACUGGAAUGGAUCAUGUGGAAGAAGCCUCAGGUGCUGAAGAUGAAGUUGAAGUGAAAUCAGUAUAUGUUAGAAAUGUACCAACUACUAUGGGUCCUUCUGAAAUUGAGGAGGAAUUUAAGAAAUUUGGCAGACUUAAGCCUGAUGGUGUGGCCAUCAGAACGCGGAAGGAUAUUGAUAUCUGCUAUGCAUUUGUCGAAUUCGAAGAUAUUGCUGGUGUCCAGAAUGCAAUUAAGGCAUCUACGGUGCAGAUAGCUGGGCACCAACUAUACAUUGAAGGCCGGAGACCGAACAGAGGCAUCCCUAUUCGAGGAAGAGGAAGGGGUAGGGGCAGGAUUAGCUACCAGAUGGAUGGAGCAAGGGGACGCUUUGGUGGUCGUGGUUUUGGUCGGGGUAGCAGCCAAGACGGAAAUGACCGAGACUACAUUAGACCAAGGGCAAAUGGCUUCUACCGACAAGGUCCUCGUCAAGAAAGAGUAUUUUCCAGCGGCCACCAGGGAUUAAGAAACGGGCAGAGCUCUUCGGAAUAAAUACAAGAUUUUGUUUCAAAGGGUGAAAAGUUUUGAGCCUAUUUGAAUUUGCUAUUUCACCUUCAUAGCUCCCGAGAUUAAGUAUAUUUAUACUAGUGUUUGCAAUUAGAUGCAUUAAAAAGAAUCAUCGCAAUAUGUUCUUUUUGGGGCAGUUUAUCAAUUGAAUAUCCGUCUUGAUACAAGCACACUGACGCAGUCAUUACUUAGUGCGUAGAUUUUAUGGGGCGAUGCUUUGUUGAUA